UUUCCUCGUCUCCAGCCCGGCUGCGUGGUAUAAAAGCAGGGCUCGGCUUCCAGUCACCGAGGGGGUUUUCACGUUUUCUUCUUGGCGGGUGGUGCGCGGACGCUGACGGGCUUUGUUUACGGAGCCAAGGAGGACGUUUCCUCGGGUUACAUCGUGGUUCAGAGCCGGCCUUUAAUUACCGCACCUGCCCACGCGCCAAUCGACCGCCUUCCACCAUGAUGCAGAUCGCCAGCGACGCGUCCAGCAACAAGCACUCGCUCAUCAACGUCAUGCACCGCUUCAUCGCGGCCGCCAACAACAUGGACGAGACCAUCAUGGUGCCGAGCCUGCUGCGUGACGUGCCGCUGGAGGAGCGCGCGGCCAGCGAGGCGGAGGCCAACAACAACCACGCGCCGCCGUGUCACAGCAAGCAGAGGGACAUGUACGAGCACUACCUGCUGCUGAAGUCCAUAAAGAACGACAUGGAGUGGGGGCUGCUGAAGAGGGAGGUGGGCGGCGGCGGCGCCGGCCUGCUGGACAUCCCGCUGACCGUGCAGCACCAGCGGAGGGAGGAGCAGCAGCACCAGGACCUCCUCCACGAGGACAACACGGACCUGGAGAAUCAGUUCCACUAUCACCUCAGAGGACUGUUCGGAGUUCUGUCCAAGCUCACCUUGCAAGCGGACCACCUGACCAACAGGUACAAGAGGGAGAUCGGAGGAGGGAACUUCAUGAGAUAGAGGCGCGCUUUAGACGGCCUCCCCCUCAUCCACCUCCACCUCCUGGACAGCUGUUCUUGCACAGUGGCUUGUGUUGAAGGUCCCCAUCUCUUCCCAUUAGAUCUGAAUGGACAGGGCAACCACUUUGACUUCUCACAUGCCUGCAUAGCGACACUCCAACACCCCUCCCCCCCCCCCCCCCCCCUCAGACCUGAAACCUGUGAUGCCUGCAUGUUUUCAUCGGAUGAUGUUUGUUUGGUGGAGGUUUCACGGGCCUGUACCAAAGUCCGGAUGAAGCACAGUUCUGGUUUAUGCAAAGACCCCAAUCUCUAUUUCAAACGUGAAACCUAAAUUUGCCACCAGAUUAAUAUUUGUGAAUAAAAAAUUUGACUGUAGGAGAUUUGAAUGCUGGUUAUUCUGUCCCCUUAGUUUUAAAUAUUUUAAAUUAUUUUAAUGCUGAGCUAAAGGGCUCUGACCUGCAGAGGUUUUAAAUCCUCCCUCUUGGUGUUACUGUAACAUGGCGUGCCUUGACGUUUUGUAAAUCCCAAUGCCCUGUUCAGUUACCUGCCGUGUCCCCUCGAAGGUUCAUUAAGGUGAUGAACUUAAAUUUUUGUCCUUGGCUAUUUCAAAACCAAUUUUCUAUUGAUGCGGAAACAGUGAAAUAAAUAAUUGGAAACUUCA